AUGGACGGGCCACAGCGGUUAUCCCCCAACACCCAGAAGCAGGGCCGCCGGCGACGCUCUAGCAGUCUCAUCUACCAGGAACCCGCCGAGUCCAUCGAGCACACGAGCGACCAGGCCGCCUUGCCCAACCUCAAUGCUAACUGGGUCAAUGCCAAGGGUGCCUGGACCAUUCAUUUCGUCCUCAUCGCUGCCCUCAAGAUCUUCUACGACAUUAUCCCGGGCGUCUCACAGGAGACCUCGUGGACCCUCACCAACAUCAGCUACAUGUUCGGCUCCUUCCUCAUGUUUCACUGGGUGCGGGGCAUCCCCUUCGAGUUCAACGCCGGUGCCUACGACAAUCUCAACAUGUGGGAGCAGAUCGACAACGGCGAUCAGUACACCCCGGCCAAAAAGUUCCUGCUCAGCGUGCCCAUCAUGCUCUUCCUCCUCAGCACCCACUAUACACACUACGACGUGACCUAUUUCAUUAUCAACUUCCUGGCCACCCUGGGAGUUGUCAUUCCCAAACUGCCUUUUUCGCAUCGGUUGCGAAUAGGCCUCUUCUCCGACUUACCAGAGGAAUAA